AGACAAUCAGCGUCAUCGUCUCUCGGUGUUUCGCAAUGGCAAGAACCAAGCAGACUGCUCGUAAAUCAACCGGUGGUAAAGCCCCACGCAAGCAACUGGCUACCAAGGCUGCACGCAAAAGUGCACCAGCAACCGGUGGCGUGAAGAAGCCCCACAGAUAUAGGCCUGGAACUGUUGCCUUACGGGAGAUACGUCGUUACCAGAAGAGUACUGAGCUCUUGAUCCGCAAGCUUCCUUUCCAACGUUUGGUCCGCGAAAUCGCUCAAGACUUCAAAACUGACCUUCGUUUCCAGAGUUCAGCCGUCUCAGCGCUCCAAGAAGCCAGUGAAGCAUACUUAGUUGGAUUGUUCGAGGACACUAACUUAUGUGCCAUCCAUGCUAAGCGUGUUACGAUUAUGCCAAAAGAUAUCCAACUUGCUCGACGCAUUCGAGGUGAACGAGCCUAGAUAAGUGUCAAUGUAGAGGAACCCAGAGAACGAUGCAAAGGCCCUUUUUAGGGCCACUACAAACUGAUUAUUUC